AGAUAGAGUACUUUAGCAUAAUGAUCAGCUGCGCUUGUAACAUUUCAUCUGGUUUGGGGUUUGUGAAUGUAAAACCAAGUUUGGUAAGUGAGAUGGAAAUGAGGAAGACACAUGGUUUCCUCUACUUUGAAUAGUGGUAAGGGGAUGUCAGAACUCAAACCUAGAAGAACCACUCAGGUAAAGAUAAGGGCAUAGCAAAGGAGACUGCCUGUGCUAGACUUUCUCUUCUGGACCCAGAGUAUUGGGAAACUGGGGGCUGAGGAAGAGCCUCUGUCAUCCAGAAAUAGGACACUUUCAAAAGGAUGCCAAAAUGUGUGAAAAUAAAAUCUGUGCACUCAUAUUUGCACCCAUCUCCAAUCUCCUGUAAGAUUCAAAAGGACAAAUUGAGAGGGUGUGAGUGACCUUUCAAGAAAGCUAAACAGUCCAUGAUAUGGAGCACGAAGACUUCUCAUGGUUAAAUUCAGUUCACUGCUGUUAAGUCACCCCCAGGAGCCUGGAUUCUGCCUUCUGGUGGUGAUAGUCUAUGUUAAAAAUUUUCAUCUAUAACUACUAUUUAAAUGCAUUGAUGAACUGACUACAACUUCAAAAGCCAAGGAAAAUCAAAAAAAUCCUAGGAAAACAAGAAUUUAAUGUUGAAAUCUUAGAACAAGGCAAGGCUUCUUUUCCUGUUUACAGCCUAAGAAGUAAUGUAAUUGCCACUAUUAAAAAAAUGACGAUGAACAGCACGUGUGUUGAAGAACAGCAUGAUCUAGAUCACUAUUUGUUCCCAGUGGUCUACAUAUUUGUGUUUAUAGUCAGCGUCCCAGCCAAUGUUGGAUCUUUGUGUGUAUCCUUCCUGCAAGCAAAGAAGGAAAAUGAACUAGGAAUUUACCUCUUUAGCUUGUCACUGUCAGAUCUGCUGUAUGCAUUGACUCUGCCUCUGUGGAUCAAUUACACCUGGAAUAAAGACAACUGGACUUUCUCUCCCGCCUUAUGCAAAGGGAGUGUUUUCUUCACAUACAUGAACUUUUACAGCAGCACCGCGUUCCUCACCUGCAUUGCCUUGGACCGUUACUUAGCAGUUGUCUACCCCCUGAAGUUUUGUUUUCUAAGAACGAGAAGAUUUGCACUCGUGACCAGCCUGUCUAUCUGGAUAUUGGAAUCCAUCUUUAACUCUAUCCUUCUGUGGAAAGAUGAGACAAGUGUUGAAUACUGUGAUGAGGAGAAGUCUAACUUCACCCUGUGUUAUGACAAAUACCCUCUGGAGAACUGGCAGAUCAACCUCAACCUGUUUAGGACGAGCAUGGGCUAUGCAGUACCUUUGAUCACCAUCAUGAUCUGCAACCAUAAAGUGUACCAAGCUGUGCAGCACAACCAAGCCACGGAAAACAGCGAAAAGAGAAGGAUCAUAAAGUUGCUUGCUAGCAUCACGUUGACGUUCGUCCUGUGCUUUACCCCCUUCCAUGUGAUGGUGCUCAUCCGCUGCAUUUUAGAGCGCAAUAUGAGCUUCAGCAACAAGUCCGGAAAGCAGACGUUUACGGUGUACAGAAUCACAGUGGCACUGACCAGUCUAAACUGUGUCGCCGAUCCCAUUCUGUACUGCUUUGUGACUGAAACAGGGAGAGCUGAUAUGUGGAACAUCUUAAAAUUAUGUACUAGGAAACACAAUAGAUCACAAGGGCCAAAAAGGGACAUACUUUCUGUGUCCACAAAAGAUACCAUAGAAUUAGAGAUAAUAGAAUAAAAGCUGGAGGUGGGUUAAAUUGCAUGGUAUUAUAUAAUAAAAAUUAUAUUUUUUAAAGGAAAUCUGGCAUAGGAGGACCAAGUGUUCUGAUUUGAAUACUUUCUUCUACCCCAGUGGAAAUAUUCUAAAGGUACAUUGUACAACUCCCACAUUGACUUUUAUUAAAUAAGGUGUAAAAAUG